GACUGCGGACAUAGUACUGGAGAUGACCAGAGACAGCGGACAUAUUACAGAAGAUGACCAGAGACUGCAGACACAGUACAGGACAUGACCAGAGACUGCGGACAUAGUACAGGAGAUGACCAGAGACUGCGGACACAGUACAGGAGAUGACCAGAGACUGCGGACACAGUACAGGAGAUGACCAGAGACUGCGGACACAGUACAGGAGAUGCCCAGAGACUGCGGGCAUAGUACAGGGGAUGACCAGAGACUGUGGACAUAGUACAGGGGAUGACCAGAGACUGUGGACAUAGUACAGGAGAUGACCAGAGACUGCGGACAUAGUACAGGAGAUGACCAGAG